AUAUUUUGGUUGAUAUACAUUGAUCAACAUAUUUUAACAUUUUAACUGACCUGAAAUUGCAUUAGUAAAUACCCCAUUUCCCUACACAUUUUAGGUGAAAAUAAUUUGAAGUUAGAUGCUUUUCUCUUCACUUGAUUGUUAUUUCUAAAUCUGGUCAUUAUAACUGGGGCUUCUUUUGCAGAAGCAACACCAAAAGCCAUUAUGAAAACCAUGGGUGUUAAAGGUCUCACUCUUUAUCAUUUGAAGAGUCAUCUUCAGAAAUACAGAUUGGGGAAGCAGUCGAGCAAAGAGUCCUCUGACAACUCCAAAGCUGCUGGAGUCAUGGGAAGCCAAGGAACUGGAUCAUCAUUACCAUCACCAUCAUCAAGAUUAAUGGCCCAAGGCUUGAAUGACGGAUGUAAUGAAGCAAUGAGAGUACAGAUGGAACUUCAAAGGAGGCUGCAUGAACAACUUGAGGUUCAGCGGCAUCUUCAGAUACGGAUCGAGGCGCAAGGAAAAUACCUUCACUCAAUGCUAGAAAGGGCUUGCAAUGCUCUCAUCGACCCAAAUCUUGGACUAAUAGGACUUGCAUCGAUCAGAUGUGACUCCCUGAGUUGCCCGAACAUUGAAACAGAUGAUUGCCUAGGCCACCCACAUGUAUCUCUCAAACUGCCAUCUUUAUCGGAGAUUGCAGCUGCAUGCAUGGAAGAGAAAUCUUUGAACAGAGCAAUGGCACAGAUUGCUGAAUGCUCAGUUGAUAGCUGUCUGACAUCAACAGAAAGCCCUGGAAAGCACCAGUAUUGGGUUCGCAGGCAGCUGCGUUGAGAAAAGGAUCGUGCCCCUUGCUCGGAACUGACGAAUCACAUGCCUGGGAUGGAGACGUCCAUGAAGAUGGACAAUGGGUUUCAAGCAUUUGAAACUGAAGUGGAUAGAUGCGAACUCUUU